UCGCACCAGCGAUUCCCGGGAACAAAGUGAGAGAGUCGCCGGACGAUCUUUUAGGUGUCUACUCCCUCUCGCUUCCUUUCAUCUUUUUCCUUCUGUUUGGUUUCCGAUGAGGCCAUCGAAACUGGCAAGGACUAUCAGAUAGACGACGACAGUAGAACCGGCUUCUGUGCAUAUUGUUCCGCAGGUGGCCAAAGGCAAUUACAUUUGUCCUUGCUUGGGUAGAAGGUGGAACCGGUCAGCUGUUGUGUACGUGAGAUGAGUAAAACUGAUGUUACUGGAAGUAGAAGGAGGGCACUUCUUCUUGUCUUUGUCAUCUGGGUGUAGCAACGGCUUGACCCUUCUUCUGUUGUUGGGUGUGAAGGAUGCCAGUAGGCCCAUGAGCGUUGCUCCGUGGAAUCAGUUCCAGUUGGUGGACCGAGAGGCUGUCUCUGCUCUCCAGCUGGCUUCUUUUGAGAACCGACUUUCCCACGGUUGCGCCUCUGUCCGUUGCUUUGGUCGCGCUUCCGCAGGACUUGAUAGCCCAUCUCCCCUCAAAGUAGGACCUUCACAACAUCAGGAUAUCGCACCCAAGUCUUUUGUUGCUGACGAGAGCAAAGACCAUACUAGUGAAGCUGACAACAGCAAAGAAGCUAGAAAGCUCUCUCUCAGGAGUAGCUUGAAGAGGCCAUCUGCUACAGAAUCACCGCCUCUAGAACAUAUAAAGGAAUACAAGACAUGGGAUGCGCAUGAUUGCAAUUUGGCCAGCAACAUGGAAAGGCGAAAAGUGCAGUGGACAGACACUUGUGGUAAGGAACUCACCGAAGUUAGAGAAUUUGAGCCAAGUGAGAUGGGAUUAUCAGAUGAGGAAUUGGAGAAGGGAAUACAAAAGACUUGUUCAUGUGUGAUAAUGUGAGGAACACAGGUUUUCGAAUGGGAAAGGCAUCAGAGAGAAGAUUGCCUAAACUCUAGCAGACAAUUUUUGACCCUCUUUGGUUCUGCCAUCCUCUGUUUCAUUCCUUUGUACGUGUCUGGUGCUACCACGAGGUUCAGUUCUUUUGUUUGUUUGUUUUGCUUUUUGACAUGAAGAAGAAGUUGGAGGUCAUCAUGUUUUA